AUGGAAUCGGUAGAAAGAAUAGAAAAGAAGAAGGGUGUGGCUGGAAGUGUACGGGGUGUUGCAGGAAACGGAUGCGGUGUUGGGAAGGUUGACGAAGAUGCUCAACCGAAGAAGGGACGAUACAGAUGGAGACAGUGUGUUGGGACUUAUUCUGUCUUUCCUUUUUUUCCUUUUUUUAACCAUUCUUUUAGAGCCUUCGUUUCUUCAUUCUUUUUUUUUUAUUUUUUAGCCACCACGUUUAAUUAUUUCUUUCUUUUUUAUUCUCAAUUUCUUUCUUUUCUUUUUCGUCGUCUCUUUAUACAUUUUUUAAAAUUAAUUACUUUCUUUCCUUCCUUUCUUCAUUUUUGUAUUUUAUUUUUUAGAUUUUCAUUUUCGUUCAGUUUUCUUUCACUCCUUUUCUUCAUUUAUUUUUCUUUUCUGCUUAAUCUUUUACUCUUUUCUUCGUUUUUCAUUCAUUUUUUUUUCUGCCUUCCUUUUUUUAAUUUUUUUUUUCUUGAUUCAUGA